AGCGUUGGAGAAGCCGGAAGUUGCGCCUUCUUUCCUCGCCGUUUCAAAAUGCGGUUGAGGCCUUGAGGCCUCGGGGCCUGCGACUGACGCCCCCUGUCCCGCGCUUGGCGGGGGAGCGACUCCUGGAGCGGCCUUCAGACUUAUUAGCAAACUGCAAAUUCUUCACUGCCAAAAUGACAUCAUUUCCCACCUCUGCCCAGUGUUCAAAUUCUGACAGUGCUUGCAGGAUCUCUCCAAAACAAGUUAAUCAGGUACGACCAAAAUUGCCACUUUUGAAGAUUUUGCAGGCAGCAGGUGCACAAGGUGAAAUGUUCACUGUUAAAGAGGUCUUGCAAUAUCUUGGCAAGUAUAUAAUGGCGAAGCAGCUCUAUGAUCAGCAGGAACAGCACAUGGUAUACUGUGGUGGGGAUCUUUUGGGAGAACUACUUGGACGUCAGAGUUUCUCCGUGAGAGAGCCAAGCCCACUCUAUGAUAUGCUAAGAAAGAAUCUUGUCACUUUAGCCACCACUACUACAGACUUAUUAGCAAACUGCAAAUUCUUCACUGCCAAAAUGACAUCAUUUCCCACCUCUGCCCAGUGUUCAACGUCUGACAGUGCUUGCAGGAUCUCUCCAAAACAAGUUAAUCAGGUACGACCAAAAUUGCCACUUUUGAAGAUUUUGCAGGCAGCAGGUGCACAAGGUGAAAUGUUCACUGUUAAAGAGGUCUUGCACUAUCUUGGCAAGUAUAUAAUGGCGAAGCAGCUCUAUGAUCAGCAGGAACAGCACAUGGUAUACUGUGGUGGGGAUCUUUUGGGAGAACUACUUGGACGUCAGAGUUUCUCCGUGAGAGAGCCAAGCCCACUCUAUGAUAUGCUAAGAAAGAAUCUUGUCACUUUAGCCACCACUACUACAGAUGCUGCUCAGACUCUCGCUCUCGCACAGGAUCACAGUAUGGAUAUUCCAGGUCAAGACCAACUGCAGCAAAGUGCAGAAGAAAGUUCCAAUUCCAGGAAGAGAACUGAAGAAGGCAAUUUCCCCACACUGCCUACCUCACAGCAUAAGUGCAGAAAUUCUAGAGGAGAUGAAGACUUGAUAGAAAAUUUAACUCAAGAUGAGACCUCUAGACUGGACCUUGGGUUUGAGGAGUGGGAUGUAGCCGGCCUUCCUUGGUGGUUUUUAGGAAACUUGAGAAACAACUAUACACCUAGAAGUAAUGGCUCAACUUAUUUACAGACAAAUCAGGAUAUAGGUACGGCCAUUGUUUCAGAUACCACAGAUGACUUGUGGUUUUUGAAUGAGUCCGUGUCAGAGCAGUUUGGUGUUGGAAUAAAAGUUGAAGCUACAGAUACUGAACAGUCUGAAGAAGUAGGGAAAGUGAGAGAUAAAAAGCUGUUUGAAGUGGGGAAAAAUGAUGACCUUGAGGACUGUAAGUCCCUAAGUGAUGAUACUGAUGUAGAAGUUACCUCUGAGGGUGAGUGGCAGUGUACUGAGUGCAAGAAAUUUAACUCUCCAAGCAAGAGGUACUGUUUUCGUUGCUGGGCCUUGAGGAAGGAUUGGUAUUCAGAUUGUUCUAAGUUAACCCAUUCUCUCUCCACGUCUGAUAUCACUGCCAUACCAGAAAAGGAAAAUGAAGGAAUUGACGUCCUUGAUUGCCGAAGAACCAUAUCGGCUCCAGUUGUUAGACCUAAAGAUGGAUACAAAAAGGAAGAAAACCCCAGACGUUUUGAUUCCUGCAACUCGGUGGAAUUCUUGGAUUUGGCCCACAGUUCUGAAAGCCAAGAAACUAUAUCAAGCAUGGGCAAACAAUCAGAUAACCUUUUUGAACAGAGAGCCGAUGCAGAAAACAUGGAGGAUUGCCAGAAUCUCUUGAAGCCAUGUAGUCUGUGUGAGAAAAGACCACGAGAUGGAAACAUUAUUCAUGGGAGGACAGGCCAUCUUGUCACUUGUUUUCACUGUGCUAGAAGAUUAAAGAAGGCCGGGGCUUCAUGCCCUAUUUGCAAGAAAGAGAUUCAGUUGGUUAUUAAGGUUUUUAUAGCAUAGUUGAAUCAAUGAAUUGCAAAGAAAUAUUAAUAGCGUCUGGCCAUGUACCAAAACAUCAGUGUUGAGCCUCUCCACUCAGUGUGACCCAUUGCAUCCGUUCAUUAAUUCGUGCAAACAUCUGUGUUCCAGGACAGUUUUGCUUCUAAAUUUACAUGUAAUUUGAGAGUGAGUGCUUUAAAACUAGAUUAUCAAUUUGGGGACUCCAUUGACAUGAAGAAAUACGUGAAUGACUUCUCCCUUUAAAGAUGAGGAUCUGGGAGCACCUACCAGUAUAAGCAACACAUUCAUUCACUCACUCACCAAAUUACUUGAAGAUUAAUUUUUUUAGUUAAUCCCUACUCUUCUGUUAGAGAAUGUUCUUAGGCAUCAAAAUCCAAAGUGUCUAUUAGAAAAAUAUUAAAGCUAACAGUGAAAAAGCAUAAAUGAUUUGAUUGGUCCAGUGAUAUUAUAGUGCUACAGAUCACUUUGUGUUGCAGUCAGGCUGCAUGAGUCAGAGAGCAAAAGGAAAGUCUUAGAAAACAAGAACUCUCUUCCACAUGUGCCUAGAAUAAUUGUAUCAAACAUUUUUGCUAAAUACUCCCUAAGUUUUGAAAAAGUUUAUAUAACUUUUUGCACAUUUAAAAAAAUUGAGGUAUAAUCACUAAUUCAUUGUUCCCUUUUGCUGGAUUGUUGACAUCUUAGUAACUAUACCAGACAAGCUAGAGAAUGUUUCUGUCACCUCAGAACAUUCCCUUAUGUUUCUUUACUCCACCAUUUUGUGAAUCUCAUCCUAGAUUUCUUUUUGCACAUGUUUAAUUUGACUUCUAAUUUCUUAAAAUAAGUUUAGGUACUUAAAAUGUGUAUACUAGUUGUGUAUGUGCUUUAAAGAUAUUUUUGUCCAAACUGUGGAGCUAUAGAUUUAAGUGAUUAAAUUUAUAGAAAAAGUCCUAUCAUAUAAACUGGCAAAGUCUGACCUUGUUAUAAAAUUAAUCAGCCAAAUCAGACUUCGCUUUCAGUCAGAAAAUAAUUGAUUUUCUUUUUGACUCAAAUAAAUGCAUUAACACACAUUUCUGAUACAACCAUCUCAAUUAUAGUUCUAAGAUAGAUAAUUUUCCACCAAAAUUCUCUUUACAUUAGUCUGUCCUCAGUGUGCCUUGAGAGUCCUAUGGGGGUUUUUCCCUCAUCUUUUGUGUUGUCAUGUUUGAUGCCUCUGGAGAAAAAUGGCAAAUCUGAAGAGGUCUUAUUUGUGAUAACUCUUGGGACAAUAUAGAAAUUGAAGAUCUUUAAAUUGAUUUCCUUACAGAUAGCCCUAUCUGCUUUUCCCAUGGGGAAAAAAAUCUUGAUGUGUAUCAAAGGGUGUGAACGUGCCGUUUGGAAAACUAAGGCCCUGGAUUGAUCAAAUUAAGGAUCAUAAGAGUCACCUGGGUUGCAUGUUCAGCAAAGCCCAGCUAACUCCCUGACACAUUGACACCCACACACACCCACACCCCAUACCUCCCUCCAGGGAUUUCCAUUUGAACAAGUGUCCCUGGAAGCUGGUGCUGGUCUAGGACCACCUUUUUGGAAGCACUGUCCUAGAAAGACAGUUUUUUCCAAAUAAAGGAAGAAGAAGAUUUCUUUCUUGAGCAUCACACUUGAUUUCUAGAGAGGAAGUUAGAAAGUUAUAGUUUUUUUAAAACUGCUACGUACUCUUGUACUCAACCCUGUUUACUUUGCAUGAGGCUGAAAGGGUUAAAUGACUGCUCUGUUCAGUCAUGGCUGGUGUGCUUCUACUGGUACUGAAGGUUCUUGUAGCAAAUCGUUAAGGC